UUCUGCUUUCUUUUUAUUUUUAUUUUUAUUUUUUUUUCAAUCCAGCGUUCUUGGGACAAGCAAGACUUGCGGUGUCUGUCCGGACGAUGUUGCAGUUCCCGGGGUUCAUGACCCAGUUCCCGGAAUCGACGAGGAUGAUUCCGUCGUCGUUCCUGCUGCCGUCGCAGUGGCCUCAGCCCCAGAACGAGGAGCUCCUGCUCGCCCUGGAGGAGUCGGAUUUCGACGAAAAGUGUAACGAAAUCAGAAAGUUGAAUAGCAACCUUGUGGUGAUCGGGAAAAGUGCUGCUGACAUCGAUAAAGAUGCAGAGGAGGAAGAUGCCGAUGAUGAUGACCCGGACAAUGCUGAUGAGUCUGAAGGUGAUGAAUUUGAACAGGAAACUGUGUGACAUUUCCUUUUGUGUGUGUGUGUGUGUGUGUGUGUGUGUGUGUUUCCCUUCCUCACUACAUCAAGAAGAAUUUGAGAACUAAUGUCAGCUGUGAGUUUACGAUGUCCAUACUUUUGCUCUGUAAUUUUAAGUUGUUCACCCGGAGAGACACCAAUGUGAUUUUGAAGGAAGGAAAGUGGGAAGUUGUAUCCUGGAUAUCAGUUGAGAUUGUUAUCUUCUCCUGUCUGAACUGGAGGGACUAGAAAUACGAGCUGUGGCCGCAUCUACUGACCUUUUCUUGUUGUCA